ACCAAACCAGCCUGGAGUCAGUCUGCUGAAUCAAAACAAUGGCCGACUGUCAGGCUGCUGUCUCACCUGCUGUGACGUCUCCAGGUGUCCUCACAGGUGAUUUCCACUGACUCUGCGUGUCAGAGCCUCAGCUGGGAUGGACAGGUGAUUUAACUCGCGUGCUGUGGAAGAAGAAAGCCUCGCGGUCGAUCCUUAAAAAUGAGCGACGUGGUGGAGAAGACCCUGACAGCUCUGCCGAGCCUCCUGUCUCUAGACUCUCAGCCCGGGUCUGCGAAGCUGUCCUCCACCUCCAAACUGGGAAACCUCAUCAGAGGCAUCACCGAGCUGACGUCCAAACAUGAGGAGGAAAAACUUAUUCAACGUGAACUGGCAUCUAUCAAAGAACAGGUGUCCUCCCCAAACACCUCCAUGAGGCAGAUGAAGGAGCUCAUGGUGAGAGCAAUCUACUGUGAAAUGCUCGGCUAUGAGGCUUCGUUCAGCUACAUUCAUGCCAUCAAACUGGCUCAACAAGGCACUGCUCUGGAGAAAAGAGUCGGAUAUCUGGCUGUGUCUUUAUUUCUGAAUGAAAGUCACGAGCUGCUUCUUCUCCUUGUGAACACCGUAUUAAAGGAUCUGCAGAGCACAAACCUUAUUGAAGUGUGCAUGGCUCUAACAGUUGUCAGCCAGAUGUUUCCCAAAGAUAUGAUUCCUGCAAUCCUUCCUUUAGUCGAGGAGAAACUUAACCACCAAAAAGAAAUCAUUCGGAGGAAAGCAGUCCUAGCGCUGUAUAAAUUCUACCUAAUAGCACCAAAUCAAGUUCAACACAUCCAUAACAAGUUUCGUAAAGCUCUGUGCGACAAGGAUCCUGGUGUCAUGACAGCUUCACUCCACAUCUACUUACAGAUGAUCCAGGAGAAUCCAGAAGGUUAUAAGGACCUGACGGCCAGUUUUGUCACCAUACUGAAGCAAGUGGUGGGAGGAAAACUGCCCAUGGAUUUUAACUAUCAUAGCGUCCCUGCUCCAUGGCUGCAAAUUCAGCUUCUCAGAAUACUGUCUGUACUUGGGAAAAAUGACCAGAGCACAAGUGAAAUCAUGUACGAUGUCCUCGACGAGUCUUUACGAAGAGCGGAGAUGAAUCAUAACAUCACCUAUGCAAUAUUAUACGAGUGUGUGAAAUGUAUUUACACAAUUCAUCCCAAGUCUGAUCUUUUGGAAAAAGCUGCAAAGUGCAUUGGCAACUUUGUUCUGUCACCAAAGAUUAAUCUGAAAUAUCUUGGCUUGAAGGCCCUCACCUACGUGGUCCAGCAGGAUCCUAAACUGGCCCUGCAGCAUCAGAUGACCAUCAUAGAGUGUCUCGAUCACCCCGACCUCAUCAUCAAGCGUGAGACGCUGGAGUUGCUCUUUAGGAUUACUAACGCCCAGAAUGUCACAGUCAUCGUUGAGAAGAUGCUGGAUUUUCUGCGUGUCAGCACAGAUGAUUACACCACCAUUGACCUGGUGGGGAAGGUGGCAGAACUGGCGGAAAAAUAUGCACCAGACAACGAAUGGUUCAUUGAGACCAUGAACACCGUGUUUUCAGUGGGUGGAGACAUGAUGCAGCCUGACAUCCCAAACAGUUUCCUUAAACUGCUGUCUGAGGGGUUUGACAGCGUGGAGGAAGACAGGAAGCUGAGGCUGUUUGCUGUGGAUUCAUAUGUGUCUUUGUUGCAAGGAGAGCCUGGCAAACUGCCACAGCGCUUCCUCCAAGUCAUCAGCUGGGUCCUCGGCGAAUAUUCCCACUUGAGGGCUGAACUUCAACCAUCCACGGUCAUGAGGCUGCUGUCCAAACUGUUGGACACAAAGAACACCAGCAGUGAAACCAAGACCUGGGUCCUGAUGACAAUGACCAAGCUGUGUGAGGGCGCAGCAGGUGUUUCUGUGGCUCAGGAAGUUUCUGAAGCGUACAGCAGCUCGCUGGACACAGUACUAAGACAAAGGGCUCAGGAGCUGCAGCACCUCAGCCAAGACUCUGAACUACGAGCCAGGGUUGUACCUCGAGACGCCGGCCUGGAACCCCUUGAGGUGGAUUCCUCUCUGUCAUUUCUUGACGGAUUUGUGUCUGAGGCGUUGGCUGCCGGAGCCGCUCCAUACAAACCUCCCCAUCAACGGCAGGAGGAACUAGCUCAGGCAAAAGCAUUGAGCCUGGAGCCAUACGGCCUGUCCCUGCCCAUCAGCAUAUCCUCCUGCAGCAUCGCAGACAGACAGUCUCCUACACUGUUGUCCAUGAGCUCUGGUCUGUCAGGGGAUAGCACCGACCUCUCACACAAAGGAGGCUCUACGACUCUAAAGCUGGAUGGCGUGAAGAGGGUUUGGGGCAAGGAGGGCUACCUGGCACAGAGGGAACCUGUAGAGGAGACCGCCCAGGUUGAGGUUCCCAGCCCCUUCCGGUCACCGAGCCAGCAGGCAGAGGCUGACAGCUCACACAGCCAAACUCCUACUCCAGUACCAACCCCGGAGCCUACACAAGAGAAACAGCAGCUGGCCUCUUCACUGUUUGUGGGCCUGAGCUCCCAAAGCUCUGUGUGCCUGAUGGGAAAAUCUGAGUCGGCACCCCAGCGAUUCAGAAGAAAAGCCAAAAGUCCGAGCUCGUCUUCGGGUGCCAGCGAGCAAAUAUCCAACUCCCUGGUCUCUGCUCCGAGCACAGUGGAUAACUUGCUGUGUGACAACCUCCUGGACGCAAACAUCUCCUCAGAGCUAGCUGUAUCUUCACCCACACAGACAUCUCAACUCUCUCAGAGCCUCACGACCGCAAACGGCACCUGUGAUGUUGAGUUAACUGACACAAAGGGAAGUAACCCUUCUCUCAUUAGGGAUCUCAGUGUUGCUGUAGCAGCUGAUCCUACUCCACACGAGGACCCAGACAAACCUAAAGACUUGUGCCUCAGUUCUCAUCUUCCUGCAGAGCUCUCUGGAUUUUCCCACUCAGAAAUCACACCUCUGUGCUCCAACCAAAGCCUGGAUCUCUCAGCCUGUCACGUGCAGCAAAAGGAUUCUUUAGUGCUCGUUGUUUUCAUUUACAACUCCUCUGACUCUGACAUUCAACAGAUACUACUAGAGCUCGACUCGGAUGAUCUUGAGGUAUCGGGUGUGUGUGGUAGUCCAGUGCAGGAGGUGGGAAGCCAGAGUGUAGCCGUGUGUCAGUAUUCACUGUCUGUGAAGAGGCCUUCAGUGCAUGUUGAAGUGGGUGGGAUGGUAUCUUACCAGUUACCUGUUGGGACACCUCAGUCAGCACUGUUCUCGUACAAACUGCCUCUAACCAGCUUCAUCAGACCUUUGACUCUGUCCACGGAGGAGUACGGGACAAUGUGGCUGGCCUUUUCUCACGAUACAAAGCAGAACCUGACGCUGAUAAAUGAAGGCCAGGAAUCUCUCGCAGCAACGCUGAAUGUGCUGAAGAAGAAACUUCAGUUGCAUAUCGUGGAAAUCAUAGGUUUGGAAGGUAUUGUAGCCUGCAGGCUCCUCCAGGAUCAGCCGUGUUUGAUGCACUGUCGUGUGCAUGCGGGAACGCUGGCUGUGUGGCUGCGCUCUCCAGUCCCCGAUCUGCCCGACUGCCUGAUGUACUACUGCCAGAGAGCUUUACAGGAGCACUGACCCACCCCGCGACUGCAACACCUUCACUGACAGCACUGAGCAGCAUGACCGCCUGAACCCUCAACCACUGACAAGGAAGGUACACAGAGCAGUAAUGCAGAACAAAACAGGAGACAGUGCAGAGCAUCUGAUGUUGUGCAGUCACAUCUUUAUAUUACAUUGUUUACCAUCUCUUCCACUAUCACAAAGUAGGAUAUAUUUUGGGUUUGUCCAGUUUUAACAGUUGAAUUUGUGGGAUAAUUAACAGCAUCACAGUUGUUUGGCUGGUCAAUAACCUCAGGGCCAAAGGAUUGUGUUUUUACCCUCUGAGUGACGUUUCAGAAUAACACUUAUGUCUUAAAAUGAUGACAGGGCUCCACGAUGACUUGAAAAUUUAAAUGGAUUGAACAUUUCUUUGUAAUUAAAAUGAAAACUAAGUAAGAUAUUCUUGGUGUAGAGGUAAAAUCAUACGUUGUUUUUUUUGUGUCCUAGGUCUGCAUGCUAAAUAACAAGAGAGAUUGUGUCCUGCUUUUAAUUGUGUGACAUCAUUUUUUCAGCUGCAUUUUCUCAGUUUGAACGAUAAUGAAACUCACCAGACAAACAUUUUAUUGAUCUUAUUACCUACAUUUUGUUGUUAUUUUCAAGUUCAUCAAUACUGAUUGAAGCAAUACUGAUUGAAAUUGAGAGAAUAACACAAAUUCUUGCUGGUGUUAUUUAUUCUGUGUUUUGUGAGACGCACAGAGAAGAUUGUUUCUAGUAUGUACUUUAAAAUACUGAAUUUAAUAUUUACAGAAAGCUGCUCGUGUGAAGGAUUACAUUAUACUGACAUAAACCUCCAACUGCUGCAGUUACACAUAUUUGUUACAUCUGUGUUGAGAGUAUUUUGUCUUAAAUGUAGCAUUGAACAUCUCGCUCUGCGAUGUCCGUGUUGUCCAUCAUCGUGACGAGGAGUGCCUCACUUCUCUCUCAUGUUUUGCAGACGCUGCCUUCUGUGUGAUAUGAUUAUCUAUGCACUCAUGUUUCUGGUUUGGUGAGAGGUGGAUUUCAGUGGUCUUUGAUUAUUAUAUUUUUGUAUCAAUGCAGUAUUAAAAACAUAUUUAUUGGAUUUAUAUUCUUACAGAAAACAUUUUAUAUUAAUUUCUCUGAAAGAAAAAAAUAAAUCAUUGUGCUUCAUGUACUGUUUGAACUUGGUGUGCCAGAUUUGAUUUGUCACAGCUGAAGGGAAAGUUUACUUUUUGUUCUUUUCUUUUUUUUGUUUGUGUUUUGCAUGUGUCCUAAUUUGACAGUGUGACACUAACAAAUGUGUCUAAACUCUGACCUAACGCCUUAUGUUCUAAUGCCAAGGUGGCGUGUUUGAUUUGUGCCUGUGGUACAGAGGAAAUCAUUGUUUCUUAGAGUGCCUGUCACUACAUUCUGCUAACUUGUAAAUAAAUUCAACACAUGUCACUCACUUGAUUUUG